AUGUCCAUCUCUGGCACCCUCAGCAAUUACUACGUCGACUCCCUCAUAAGUCACGAGAGCGCCGAUCCCGCGGCCCCUAAAUUCCCUCCGGGACCCUUCGCGGCGCCCAGAGCGCCGGGGGGCGACCCCGCCGAGCCCCUGGACUUCCCCUCGUGCAGCUUCCAGCCCAAAAACUCCGCGUUCGCCUCGCCGUGGCUCCCCGCCAACCCCGCGGCGUUCCAGCCCUACGCGGCCGCGGGCGGAGCCGUGCGCGCCUGGCUGGAACCCGCGGCGCGCACGCCGAGCCUCGCUGGGAGCGGCUCCGCUAAAACCGAGCUGGGCCGAGCUUUGGAGGGGCCGAAAAGCCGGGAGUACGGCCUGGAGAGUGCAGGCGUCGCUUGCGGGCAGAGGAGGUUCGAGGAUAAUAAAGUUGGCGAAGGAAGCGGAGACAAAGACGGGAGAGAUCAAACCAACCCCGCCGCCAGCUGGCUGCACGCCCGCUCCUCGCGCAAAAAGCGCUGCCCCUACACCAAGUACCAGACGCUGGAGCUGGAGAAGGAAUUUCUCUUCAACAUGUACCUGACGCGGGACCGGCGGCACGAGGUGGCGCGGCUGCUGAACCUGAGCGAGAGACAAGUGAAAAUCUGGUUCCAGAACCGCCGCAUGAAAAUGAAGAAAAUGAACAAGGAGCAGGGCAAGGAGUGA